GUUAAUUGUCAUUUGUCAAAACGAAUGACAUUUGACGUUUAUUAACAUAUGACAGAUGACAAAUAGAAUAAAAGAUCCAGAACAAGUACAACACUUCUAGUUAUGUUGAAUUUAACUAAUUAGGUAACCUGGGAAAAGUAAAAUACGGUUGAAAAAGUGUGUAAUUUUCCUAAACGAAAGUAGCAAGUAGCACACCUUAAAAGGACAGUGACAAUAAUCUACCGGCGUUACACUUGUGUCCAAAUAGUGUGUCAAGUUUGACUGAAAAAAUGGCGGAUCCAGGCUACAAGAGUCGUCUCCAAAAUUUCAAGAACAGAGGCAAAGAUCAAGAUGAAAUGCGACGUAGAAGAAACGAAGUCACGGUGGAACUUAGGAAGAACAAGCGCGAAGAAACGUUACAAAAGAGACGGAACGUGCCGGUGGUAGACUCUACAGAUGAAGACGAUAUCGAAAAAUCUCUUUCGAACACAAAUCUAGAGCAGCUAGUGGCCCAGGCAGCUGCCGACGAUAAUCCUCCACUUCAGCUUAUGGCCAUUCAGUCAGCUAGAAAGCUUCUAUCUUCAGACAGAAACCCUCCAAUAGAUGCUCUAAUUGAUAGCAAAAUACUGCCUAUUCUAGUAAAAUGCUUAGAAAGGCAAGACAACCCUGCGCUACAAUUUGAAGCAGCUUGGGCUUUGACCAACAUUGCAUCUGGAACCUCGGCUCAAACCAACAAAGUUGUGCAAGCUGGUGCUGUGCCCCUAUUUCUCAUGUUGCUGCAUUCACCACGUCAGAAUGUCUGUGAGCAGGCAGUUUGGGCAUUAGGCAAUGUUAUAGGUGAUGGACCUGUACUGAGAGAUUACGUCAUUCAGUUAGGGGUGGUAGAGCCACUAUUGUCUUUCAUCAAGCCCGAGAUUCCCAUUCCAUUUUUGAGGAAUGUCACAUGGGUCAUAGUUAACCUAUGUAGGAACAAGGACCCACCACCACCAAUGGCUACAAUUGAGGAAUUGCUGCCUGCACUCAAUGCUCUUAUACAUCACACAGAUGUUAAUAUUCUGGUAGACACAGUAUGGGCGCUGAGUUAUCUGACGGAUGGUGGAAAUGACCAAAUUCAAAUGGUCAUAGAUAGUGGAGUAGUACCCAAGCUUAUCCCCUUGCUUAGCCAUAAAGAAGUUAAGGUUCAGACUGCUGCAUUGAGAGCUGUAGGAAAUAUUGUCACCGGUACAGAUGAACAAACACAGGUUGUUUUGAACUUUGAUGCUUUGUCGCAUUUCCCUGCACUGUUGACCCAUCCUAAAGAAAAGAUCUGCAAAGAAGCUGUAUGGUUUUUGAGUAACAUAACUGCAGGAAAUCAGUCUCAAGUGCAAGCAGUUAUAGAUGCUGGUUUGCUGCCAAAGAUAAUCCACAACCUGAGCAAAGGCGACUUCCAAACGCAAAAGGAGGCUGCCUGGGCCAUCAGCAAUCUGACGAUAGGCGGAAACAAGGAACAAGUCACUAGACUGAUACAGGAAGGCGUCAUUCCGCCUUUCUGUAACCUGUUGGAUUGUAGGGAUGCCAUGGUCAUACAGGUCGUUCUGGACGGCAUCAACAACAUGCUGAAGAUGGCAGGUCCUCAGGUAGACCAACUGUGCGCCAUGAUUGAGGAAUGCAACGGUCUUGAUAAAAUCGAAUCGCUCCAGAACCAUGACAACAUUGACAUCUAUAAAUUGGCGUAUGAAAUUAUCGAGCAAUAUUUCAGCGGAGACGCUGAAGACGACCCGAACAUUGCUCCAGCAGCCAGCGAGACCGGCUACACAUUCGAUCCGAACACAAAUUUGCCAAACAAAGGUUUCAAAUUUUGAUUUUUCGCGCUCGCGCACACAUAAUUUUCGUAAGCGUUGCGCUUAAAGAAACGCUGUCGCUUCCUCUUUCAUAAUUAUUAUGACGAACUUAGUCCUUUAUUUUAUGUACGUUCAUUUUAUGUACAUAUUUUUUAUACAUUGAAAUAUAUAUAAUUAGGGUAUUUAUUUGAUUUUCGGACGUAAAACAUGUUGGUCCAGCUGCUAGGGAUGUAACUUGGUUUUAUUUUUUCGUUUAUGGAUUUUUAAUGAAAAAUUGCGUUACCUUCGAAGUUUUCAGGUAAUCUUAAAUAGAGAACCGAGAAUUUUGGAGAUAAUAGUCGAAAGAACCGAGAUUUUCGGGCAUUUAGGGUCUAGAUAUUUUGAUGUUGUUAUUACAGGUUUUCUUCAUUUCAUUCAAAAGAAGACAUUUUCAUUCCUUAUCCUCGUGUAUAAUGUUAAAAUUGGCGUUAUUUUCACGGCCGAAACACUCUCCUGACCCUUUCAUGAAAAUCGUACCCAUGUGACCCAAUUUUUGCAUAUUUGCUCGAAUUUAGCGUCUCAAGCAAUUUUUUUGUAUCUGGCGAUUGGACCACGUGGCAUUAUUUAGUAUUUUUCAUGUGAGCGAUUAGCCUUUUCGGACAUCAUCCGCGGUUUUUGAUUAGUUCCAUUGCUGUAAAACGUAUUUAUUCCACGCGAAGAUAGUCAACCAUUUACUGUAUUCCGGUGUCUGAAAGGUACUACGAGGCAGUAGCAGGGCACAAAAAUAAAUUUAGACAUGCACUUCAGUUCCUUUUUGCAUCUAACAGGUGGGCUGAAAAUUCCGUAUCGUUUCAAUGAAAAAAUAUUUUUUUCGUCAAAAUUCGCUUUUAUUAUUCAACAUAGUUGCCUUCAAGGGCUAUACAGCGAUUAUAACGUUCUUCAAGUUUUUCGAUACCCUUCCGGUAGUAAUCCUUCGGCUUGUCCUCAAAAUAGGCUUCAGUUUCGGCGAUGAUUUCUUCGUUGCUGUGAAAUUUUUUUCCGGUGAGCAUUCUCUUAAGGUCUGAGAAGAGGAAAUAGUCGCUUGGAGCAAGGUCCGGAGAAUACGGUGGAUGGGGGAGCAAAUCGAAGCCCAAUUCAUGCAAUUUCGACAUCGUUUUCAUGGACUUGUGGCACGGCGCAUUGUCCUGGUGAAACAAGAUUUUUUUUUUCUUCAUUUGUGGCCGUUUCUUGGCGAUUUCGGCCUUCAAACGCUCCAGUAACACUAUAUAAUAGUCGCUGUUGAUAGUUUGGCCCUUUUGAAGAUAGUCGAUGAAAAUAAUUCCUUGCACGUCCCAGAAAACAGAGGCCAUAACCUUGCCUGCUGACUGUUGCGUCUUUCCACGUUUCGGAGGUGGUUCGGAUGCAGCCGUCCACUCGGCCGACUGGCGAUUUGACUCCGGUGUGUAGUGGUGGAGCCAUGUUUCAUCCAUGGUGACGUAUCGGCGAAAAAAAUCGGUUUUAUUGCGCAAAAUCACCUCCAAACAGGCCUCAGAGUCGUCGAUGCGUUGUUGCUUUUGGUCAAAUGUGAGAUUGCGCGGCACCCAUUUCGCACAGAGCUUUCGCAUAUCCAAAUAUUCAUGAAUGAUGUGACUGACACGUUCUUUUGAUAUGUUUAAGGCCUCAGCUAUGUAACACACGAAACUCUUGACUUUCCAUGGUUUUCAAAAAUAACAAAAGUAGCGUCACUCUCGAUACGAUAACUCAAAAACUAAUGAUCCGACAGCUGUCAAAUUUUGACAGGCAUCUUUUGAAGGUUGGUACUAGCUAAGAAGCGUAUGGAUUUUAUUCUGGUGGCGCCAUCUCAUAGAAACGAUACGGACUUUUCAGCCCACCUGUUAAUGCCUGAAGAUAGCCGAUUGAAAUAGCCAUUAUAGACGCACCAAAAAGCGAUUCAAGAUCCUGGCUCCGUCUAUAGAACACCAGCAGAACCAAAUACUACCUCUUUGCAAAGUCAAUUACACCACAAACUAAAAUAUGAACAUUUUUCAAGAUACUCAAAAACAUUUGUCGAGUCAAAACCCCCGGUUUUGUAAUGCUUCUUUCCAUAUGCCAUCAUUGUCCAACCACCUUCCACCAAGAAACUUUUUAAAUUUUGAAAUAGAAGAAUGUCUGAUGGUGCUAAAUCAGGGUUGUAUGGCGGAUGAUGCACUAAUUCCCUACGAAACGUGUCCAGUAGCGUCUGUGUUCGGGUCGUAACGUGAGAUCGAGUGUUAUCGUGAAGGAGAACGACGCCCCUAGCGGCGGUUUUGAAUAGCGCGCCUAAUUCAACAAACUGUCGGUGAAUUUCAGCAUUAUUGGGCUCUGAUGACUCGGAUCCCUUUUUUGGUCACGGGAAUACAGUAUAUGAAUGGCUUCAGGUUGAUUUCGUUAAUGGUAGUUCACAUCUCGAAAAUCCCAACAGCGUUCGUAGCCGUGAAGGUUUUGUUAUAAAAAAGAUACUUGUUAUGCUAUUGUAACGAAUAGAAUUUUCCGAUUAGAUUUAAAAUGACCGUACAUAGUUGAAAAAAUCUGGGCAUGAUCAAUAGAAGUGUUUUAUUUUUACUAAUUGUAAGUCUUGUAAUUGAUUCUCUCUCGUAUGAAAUUAUUUUGGUUGAGAACAUCAAAGUUAUACUACCCUUGGAUGUUGGGUGAGAUAAUCUAUUGUCUCGAUACAAUAAUACUGGAUAGACUAAAUUAUUGUAUUGUAAAUAUAAAGUGUACAUUUUUCAACCUAUAUUAAACGCAUGUUCUAUCCA